CCAAUGCCAUCACCAGCAUCGUCGCGCACUUCAACAACACACAAGCCCUGGUCGUCAGGCCGGAUAUUGUCCCCAUCUCAGCGUGAGGCGAAACGCCACAAUGAUAGGACAACGAAGAGAGCCAAAGCAGAGAAACAAAAAGAUGGGCUUAGAGACAUCCAAAGCCAAAUAAACCAUCUUCAAGAUCUGAUCCAUGCACAUUUAGGUACGAAAACACGCUUUCUGCUCACCAGUACCCUUUGCACUCUCUCUCGGCCACUGCUUGAAGAAGGAAGCUAUACCAUUCUUCAAUUGACAAAUGACAUACUGCUCCAAGUGCGCCAAGUCGGUACGGUCGACAUAUGCACAAACGAACGACUUAACCACGAUGCCAUCAUCCGCGGGGUACUCGGGGGUUGGCACACAUUGCGAGGCAUGACCUAUUCGUGUCCGCUGUGGAAGCCCCUGAGCCAAAUUGACGAGUGUAUCUUCAUGCACAGUGGCGUAUUGACGAGAUUAUCAAUGCUCACAAUGAUCCAUACCAUGCUGGUAGCAGUUAUUCGUAAUGAUUCGUUUGCGUGCCUUCCGGCAUGGUAUCGCCCGAGGCCUACCCAAAUGAACUUUCGUCAUCAACUUACCGCUGAUUAUUUUGCCUGGCCUGGUUUCCGCGAACGUCUGGUGGUCUCGGACUGCGAGAUAUUGACGAAUAGAUUCUUCAAAGGCUUUGCAUCCUGUUUUCGGCUGAUCUGGCCCUAUCCUAUCAGUGACAUAUAUGAGUAUGAUGCUACCAGUGGAUUAUAUCUCUUCUCAAACACUUUUCAGAUGCACAUUCGCGACAUCGGGAUGUGGACCAUGUGCAAAGAGUUCUUUCAAAAUUUCCCUCAAUUACAAGAUGAUAUGUCAGUGGACACAAUGGAAGCUUUGGUUCCCGCCGCGCCAUCGACAUCUGUGGGUGUUGAGCCAUCGUUUCCAUCCAUUAUCUAA